AUUUACACCUGUAGAAAGAAGAAACUUUCACUUGAAGGUAUUUGUGACUCACACCUGUCGGUUUACCUGCUCAUGUACCUGGCACACGUACGCUUUCUCUUUCUCUUUCUAGUCCGAACGUUUUCCACGGAAACUAAAAUGACUUCUUGGACUUUUUAUUCCUACACGGACGGAGCUCUGUCCUCACGCCAGUAGCGACAGUGAGUUUAAAACCACGGCUUUGAAUCCAAGACAUUCCUGCGUCUCUGACAUGGCUCUGCGUUACUUCCUGGCCUGUGUGGUCGUUCUCUCCUGUCUCGUUUCUGCACAGCCUCCGAUGUACGGUCUCCUGGGGCAGGAGGUCCACCUGAAGCCAGUCUUCACCGGACACCCUGACGAUAUCCUGUGGAAACACGAUGGCAACAAAGUGGUGGAGUUUAAUGGGAAGGAGGAACAUGUGUACAGCCGUUAUCAUAGCAGGGUCACCCUUGACUGGGUCUCUGCAGAACUCGACAUCAAAGACCUCAGACACGAAGACAGCGGAGAGUAUGAACUGGAAAUAUACGUGAACGAAGGGAUUUAUCGUAUGGCUUAUAAUUUGGAGGUCAUAGAUAAGGUCACCAAACCCAGCGUCUCCUGUGACCUGAACAGCAGCAGCUCUGACACAAGUGGAACCUGGGCGACCCUGACAUGCUUUGCAGAGCCCACACAGCCCCUGUCCUCCUUGAAGUAUGAGUGGGAGUCAAGUGGACAUGUGAUCCCCGGCCCUCAAUUAACGAUAUUGCUGGAGGAUGAACCGGACGAUCAAAUAUACACUUGCAGGGUGAGAAACCCUCUGACUUUUGAAACGACGACAUUCGCUGCAACGUCUUGCUCCCCAGAUACAAGUUCAUCUGUAGCUCUGGCUGUCAGUCUAACCCUCAUCUUCAUCAUCAUCUUUAUCGUACUACUAUCGGGUGUUGUGUUCUGCAAACUAAAGAAUAAAGCAUGUUUUGCAAAAAGCAACAGAGGUGAUGUGGAGAAUAGGCGUUCAGCAACAGAAGAGACAGAUCACGGUGAUGAAAAAACACAAUUUUUGCACAGAGCGCCCACGCUCCCCUCUCAGCAGCGACUCAGACCUUGGGGUCAAGCUCAUAGUGACGCAGGGAACGGUCUCCCUGCCGACAAUCCCAGAGAACACGCGGCUGCAGAUUUGGACAGAGGAGAAGAAUCAAAUAAGGAGGAAAAUGAAAUUGAAUACACACCAGAGAAAACAUUUGGUGUAAAACUCAAACCAACACCUUUGAAACGUGCCCUUCCAUAUCCAGACCACCAGGUAGAAAGCAAGCGCAGUCAUGAGUCAGAGAGUGAGCGGCAGUCAGACAGCAGGGCAGCAGAGGAAGAGGACCGUCCGCCCACCUCUCCUGAGCAGAACAUGCCAGACACUGCUCCAGGUGAACAUCACUCCAAGUUGUCAGAGGGAGAAACACAAGCGAAGGAAGACGACCAGACAGAAAUGAACAAAACUGUUUCUGGAGAUGAACGUCAAUCAGAUGGAGAAGAAACAGCAAAGAACCUAUAUUCAGACACCUCUCAGAGCCCCACACCAAAAAUGACAGACAAUACUCAAACCAAUACGUUUGAAAAGUCUCAAAACGCAAAAAUUCUAGAUCCAGACCCCAAAGUAGAAGGCGAGAGCAAGCAUGAGUCAGAUUAUGAGGGGCGGUUAGACAGCAGUGCAGCAGAGGAAGAGGAAAGUGAGGGUAAAACUGAGGAGGACCGUCCGCCCACCUCUCCUGAGCAGAACAUGCCUAAGACGGCUUCAGAUGAACAUCACCCAAAGUCGUCAGAGGGAGAAACACAAGCGAAGGAAGACGACCAGCCAGAAAUGGACAAAACUGUUUCUGGAGAUAAACGUGGAUCAGAUGGAGAAGAAACAGCAAAGAACCUAUAUUCAGACACCUCUCAGAGCCCCACACCAACAAAUACAGACAAAACUCAAACCAAUACGUUUGAAAAGUCUCCAAACGCGAAUAUACCAGAUCCAGACCCCAAACUAGAAGGCGAGAGCAAGCAUGAGUCAGAGUGUGAGGGGCGGAUAGACAGCAGUGAAGCCGAGGAAGAGGAUGACGAGGGCAAAACUGAGGAGGACCGUCCGCCCACCUCUCCUGAGCAGAACAUGCCAAACACGGCUUCAGGUGAACAUCAAUCAAAGUUGUCAGAGGGAGAAACACAAGCGAAGGAAGACGACCAGCCAGAAAUGAACAUAACUGUUUCUCGAGAUAAACGUGAAUCAGAUGGUGACGAAACAGAGGAAAAUCUAUAUACAGACUCCUCUCAGAGCCCCACACCAAACAAUACAGACAAUACUCGAACCAAUACGUUUGAAAAGUCUCCAAACGAUGCCCUUCCAGAUCCAGACCACCAAGGAGAAGGCGAGAGCAAGCAGAAGUCAGAGAGUGAGGGGCCGUCAGACAGCAGUGCAGCAGAGGAAGAGGACGACGAGGGUAAAACUGAGGAGAAAACGAAGGACGAGUGUGAUUCAAAAGAAGAAAAGCCAGCCAACAUGAGCGAGAGCGAGGAUAAAGAAGGAGGAAAGAAAACUGAGGCUGUUGAGAAAAUGAAAGUGAAAAUGUAAAUACAAUCAACUGGAAUAUGAUUCAAAUGAACAGCGGGUGGAGGACUCUCAAACAUCAGGCCAGACAAACAUAAACCUGUUUGACAGAAAGAAAACUAUGGAGAGAUUCACAUUCAGGAAGAGCCACUGAGAACAAAUACCUAAGUAAACAAAAAAGGACAGUUGUUGGGUCGAAGUCCACAGACCGAAAGCCGACAUGUGAUUUAUGCCUCAUUGCUUUUGUUCAUAUUUUUAAGGAGCACAAUACAAAAUGUGUCACUUGAAUGAAUUACUACCGAUAUGUAAGUAUGACAGAGUUAUCCACCUUUAUACACAGAGAAAGACGAGCCUGCACUGGAAUGACGUUACAUAAAGGACAGUGUUUGGGAAUUGGCAAAAUAACACAUUAAUAACUCAUUAAGAGAAAAGAGAAAGAAAGUCUGUCAUUUAAACUUUUUAGUAUCCUUCUCUUAGGAUUCCCAUGGUCCAGCAACAUUAACCGACUGCAGAGCAUGCAAAACAUAUUCACUCUCCUGCAUGUUUUUCAUAUCUGGUUUUAUUGCGUCCUGCUAAAAUAUGGGAAAUCGCUCAUUCCUCUGCAAUCAGUUUCCCAUAAUGAUAUAUCAUAAAACAGGACUUGCGGAUCGGUCUCAUAACGCAUUUUGGAGCAAAAACUAAGCAAAGACGAGCGUCAAGAAUCCCUACGGGGUCAUAGAAGACUCAAGAAUAUAUAUGAUUUUAUGGUGCUUCAUAAUUGAAUACAUGCUGUCAAUAUUAACCUAAUCACUAACCUAUUGAGGUCAUAUAUUUUUAGAGCUCAGGGUUUUUUAUUUUUCAGCACUGAUAAUUUAUAAUUGUUUGUUAUUUCCAUUUGUGACAUUAUAAUUACUUUAUUUUUAUCUUUGAAGUAUUAAUUAACUGUUCUCUUGUAGUUUUGAAAACCUUCACUACAUUUAUCAGUAAAUAAAACAAGGGUUUUACAGAU